AUGGCUCUCAACCCGCAAAUCACCAACCUCGUCAUCAUCUUGGCGUUUAUGCAAAUCUCCAAGAAGGUGCCUUUCGACGAUCCCAAUGUCCUCAACGGCGUGCGUGCGCUCUACGUUCUCUCCAAUGUCAUCAUCGCGGGCAUCUACUUCUACGUCCAGGCGCAAAUAAACAAGAAAAAUGACAUGACCGUUGUCAAGUACGUCGAACCUGCGCCCGUCGGUUCUGGUGAAGACCCCAAGUUUGUCGCGACCACCGUCAAGGCCUACGACCAAGAGCAGCUCAAGUCCCUCUUCAAGGCACAGCUCAUGGGUGUGGGUAUGAUGGGUUUCAUGCACCUUUACAUGCAGUACACCAACCCGCUCCUCAUCCAGUCUAUCAUUCCUCUCAAGGGCGCCUUCGAGGGCAAUCUGGUCAAGAUCCACCUCUUGGGUCACCCAGCAACCGGUGAUCUCUCAAGACCAUUCAAGGCGAGCGGUGGUCUUAUGGGUGCUAUGCAGGGUGGAGAGAUCAAAACUGAUAAGAAGAGCAUUGAGGCUGCUGAGCGUGCUGGACGUGGAGGCGUCAAGGACGAGUAG